AUGGCUGCUAUUGGCAAUCCAAGAACUUGGAUUCCUUAUAUGAACAGCAAAGACUGUUCUCAGGGAUUUUGUAGCUUGUACUGUCCACAAUGGUGUUACAUAGUGUAUCCUCCUCCUCCACCCUUUGAAUACCCUGAUGAUGAUUCAAGCCCAAAUUUCUCACCUCUUGUUAUUGCAAUCAUUGGGAUCUUGGCCACUGCUUUUCUUCUAGUGAGUUACUACACUCUAAUAUCCAAGUACUGUGGCGCCAGAGAAUCGACACGCAGAGACUCAAAUGAUGACAUACAAAACAACAACCAGAACCCCUCACUCCAUGAACCCUGGCAUGUUUCAACAACGGGCCUAGACGAGGCCCAAAUCGAGUCCAUUGCGGUUUUCAAGUACAAUAAAGGAGGUGGUUUUGGUGGAGUCACGGAUUGUUCAAUUUGUCUAAGUGGGUUUCAAGAAAAUGAAAGCGUUAGGCUCUUGCCAAAAUGUAGGCACGCUUUUCAUCUUCCUUGCAUUGACACGUGGCUCAAGUCUCACUCUAGUUGCCCUUUGUGUCGCGCCAGCAUAUUCAAUUUGAAUGCUUUGGUUGCAGCGUUAGAGGUUGAGGUACCGGCGAGGAAUGAGGGUGAAAACUUGGGUGUUGGAAGGGGCAAUGAGUCUGUGGUGGAGGAAGAAGAGAGCGUGCAUCGUGAUAGAGCUUAUCCAAAGCCUGCAUUGCGUGCAUUUAGUGAUUUGAGUGGGUUACAAGGGAGGCACAGAGUGAUUGAGAUUAGAGAUGAAGAGGUGAGUGAGUCCAUUGGAAGGUCAGUGUCUUUGGACCAUUCGCUUCAAAGUGCUGUUUCUGUUGCUCAUGUGUUGCAUAUGAAUGCAGAGGAAUAUUCCCAUGUGGAAGGGUGCUCUGAUACUCAUGUUGGUCCUUCCAAGAGAUCUCGAGGAGAGAGUAGCUACAAAAACAGAGUAUUGCAUUGUGUGCUGAGUCCAAUUGCAAUGAAGAGGUCGUUUUCCAGUGGAAGAUUAUCUUUUAGCAAAAAUGGCAGAGCGAGGCAGGGACUCUGA